AUGAAGCGGCGGAUACCUCGCGGUCGCGGCGAUAGCUCGCUACCGACGCCGGCGCGACCCCGCAGCGGCCAGCGCAAGCCCGAGUGGAACACGUACCUGACGGACGACUCGCAGUACAAGCUGAGCCAGCAGCAGCAGCUCCAGCGCGCGCUGCAGCAGCUGAGCGCGGCGCACUUCUCGGCGCGCAGCCCGGCCGCGUCGGCCUCUCGACGGCGCAUGGCGGCCGCCAGCGCGCACAGCUCCGCGUGGAGCACGCCGCGGAGCGCACAGAAGCGGUCCACGCGUCUGGCCGACGUGCAGGACACGGGGGAGCUGCAGACCGCGAGGCGCCUGCAGUUCGCGGACGAGUCCAUGGACCUGGAGGAGCCCACUCCGCGACGCCGGGCGGUGGUGGCCAAUGCCGUGACCUUCCAGGUGGAGGAGGACGAGGACAGGAUGGACCCGCGGCACAAGGCCAACUUGCAGGGCGAGCUGGAGGUGCUGGAGCAGAUGCUGUGGGAGCUCGAGACCGAGACAGAGAGGAUCAGCAGGCAGCAGACCCCGCAGAAGAUGCAGAUACAGCAGAGGAAUAAGUCGCCAAGAGUGGGGAGAACUGGGUUGGCGACCAAGUUGAAGGAGGGGCUGGGGCCUCGUGAGGGGCAGGAGGGAGUUGAGCAGGAUGGAGGCUACGAAGAAGUUGUGCGACCAAGAGAAGAUAACGAGAGGGGUCUCGAAGAACGAGAUGACGAUGAAGAAGAAAGAGAUCGAGAUGAAGCGGGACUGGCAGCGGAAGAGCGACUUGGAGACGUGUGCUAUAAGUCUCUGGAGAUAGGUCUGGAGUUGGCUCGCAAGAUGGAUACGGUACGAGUGCAGAUGGUUUGGGGUACGGUGAUUUGA